AUGUCGUUGAAGAAAGAUGAUCUCAGUCGCUGCUACGACAGUCUCUCGGGAGGAUGGCGCAUGCGUGUACUGUUAGCUAAAGCACUUCUGUGGAGGCCUGACGUCCUCCUGAUGGAUGAGCCCACGAACCACCUGUGCAUCGCCGGCAUAAGUUGGUUGCAACGGAUCAUAAAGGAGGAGUUCAACGACAUGACUGUUGUGAUGGUGUCACAUGUUCGAUCGUUCCUCAACAGUGUAGCAGAAGAAAUCAUUUGGUUCAAGAACAAGCAGCUCGAAUAUUACAAAGGCAAUUACGACACGUUCCUUCAGACCAUAGAAGACAAGGCUGCUUUUGCAGAGCGGAUGCAGUCAGCUAUAGAUCGCAAGAAAGCUCGUAUGGAAGAAAGCUUGCAGGCCAGCAAGGCUCAGGCGAACGCAAAGGGUCAUCGCUUCAAGCUGAAUCGAGAUCGCAUUGGAUACUUUACUACGAUGCUGGCGGAUGUGGAGCACGUUGAACAGGAGCAUUCUCAAAGCGCUCUGAGGUUUUCCACACCCGAGCCAACUCUUCCUCGCUUCUCUGGCCCGCUCAUCGUCGCUCAGAACCUUUCGUUCACUAGAGCACCUGCUUCUACGACAAGUGACGAGGCCCCAGGCCCGUCAGCUUCCAGCACGACUCCUUUCCAGCUGACAGACGUCAGUCUCAACGUGGAGGCAGGUCAACGUCUUGCUAUCCUUGGAGCCAACGGGCAGGGGAAGACGACCCUGAUGAACUUACUAGCCGGUGAGCUGAAUCCUUGUUCUGGAAGCGUUCAGAUUCGUGUACCAAGUUUUGGAUAUUUCAAGCAAGAUGUGGUGGCAGAACUUGGACGAGAAGACCUGCCAGCUCUCGACCGACUCUGCUCAAAGCAUCCAACCGUAAAGCGACAUGACCUCUGGAAGCACAUCGGCUCGUUUGGGUUGGGGGCGCCGCAAACAGCUGAGAGGACUGCACUAAAGAACCUCUCGGGAGGACAACGCGUUGCCUACGCGUUUGCUGAGCUCUCCCUGGAUGCUCCUAGCGUGAUCCUCUUGGACGAGCCCAACAGCCAUCUCGACCUCGACGCUCUCGUGGCUCUUGAAGACAGCUUGGAAGAUUACCCGGGCGCCCUUAUCUUCGUAUCCCACGAUAUCUCGUUCAUCCUCAGGGUCGCAACGCAUGCAAUGUGGAUGGAUGGAGGAAGAGCUCAAAGGAUCGAGCUAGACGAGAUAGAGACCAGAUGUCUCCGAACGACUCCAGCAUGA